UCUCUCUCCCCUCUGUGUAGCAAACAAAUUCAUAACACACACAGUACUCUCUCUCUCUCUCUCUCUCAAACCAUGGCGAAAGCACCGGAAGAAGAGCACCCAGUGAAGGCAUUCGGAUGGGCGGCCAGAGACACUUCUGGAGUCCUCUCUCCUUUCAACUUCUCUAGAAGGGUCACGGAAGAUGAGGAUGUGAGGUUCAAGAUCUUUUACUGUGGAAUUUGUCACUCUGAUCUUCACAGUGCGAAAAAUGAAUGGGGAAAUUCCUCGUACCCCCUUCUCCCCGGGCAUGAGCUUGUGGGAGUGGUGACAGAAGUUGGCAGCAAGGUACAAAAGUACAAAGUUGGAGACAGAGUCGGGGUGGGUUGCAUGGUCGGAGCCUGUCACACAUGUGAAAACUGCGAGAACGACCUCGAAAACUACUGUCCCAAAAUGAUACUCACAUACAACAGCGUGAAUUACGACGGAACCUUGACAUACGGAGGUUAUUCCGAUCACAUGGUCGCUAAUGAGCGCUACAUCGUUCGGAUCCCUGACAAUCUGCCUCUUGAUGUCGCGGCUCCUCUCCUAUGUGCUGGGAUCACGACUUACAGCCCGUUGAGAUAUUUCGGGCUUGAUAAGUCUGGUAUGAAGGUUGGUGUGGUUGGCCUAGGUGGGUUGGGCCAUUUGGCGGUCAAAUUUGCCAAGGCUUUCGGCGCUGUAGUGACCGUUAUCAGUACCUCCCCGAGCAAGAAGCAGGAAGCUAUUGAAGUACUCGGUGCUGAUUCGUUCUUGGUCAGUAGUAAUUCAAACGAAAUGCAGGCUGCUAUAGGCACUUUGGAUGGAAUAAUUGACACAGUAUCUGCAAAUCAUGCGCUGGUACCGUUGUUGUCCCUAUUGAAGUCUCAUGGAAAGAUCAUUAUGGUUGGCGCUCCGGAAAAGCCGCUCGAGUUACCCGUCUUUCCUUUGAUUAUGGGGAGGAAGAUGGUAGCUGGAAGUUGCAUUGGUGGUAUGAAGGAGACGCAAGAGAUGAUCGAUUUUGCUGGAAAGCACAACAUAACCCCAGAAAUUGAGGUCGUUCCGAUGGACUACGUGAACACAGCUAUGGAGCGUCUAGCCAAAGCUGAUGUUAAAUACCGGUUCGUCCUCGAUGUUGCCAACAUGCUGAAUGCUGCUUAGACGUUUGGUCUUAGUCCUGGGUUAUGUUUCCAAAAUAUGAGUUUGGUGGUGGUGUGACAUGGUCAUGUUAAAGGGAGAAUUUGAUGGUUUCUAGUAUGUUUUUGUGCUGCUUGGUUUCGGUUGCCCGUGUUGAAACACUCUCUCCGUUCUGAAUAAGUCAACUGUCAACUAUUCAGUAGUUCGAUAGCAUAUUAAUUUUUCUGUACUUGAGAAGAGCUUGAUGUCUUCAAUUUACUCGAUUCUACGGUUUUCUAUUCUAGCCUAAA